CCGUGAACUCUCGCUAUAACAAAGGCCCGAAGCGUAAGCGAAGUUUCGGCCUGUUGUUUCGGAAACAUGUACCCGAACCGAACCUGAAAAGAGGUCUGCGUUUCAAAUUUGGUUGGUCAAAAUCGACAUCAGCGUCGCCUCCUAUAAAUAUGGCUGAGUCGUCUUCAGCUGCUUCAAAGCCGUCCUUUGAUUGUCUGAUUUUUUUGCAUGGACUCCAUUCAUUGUUGUUCUUCAGUUUCUGCUAUUAAUUCACGCUCCUUUGAUUCCUCUAAUUCCAAAUCUUUGACUUUGAAUCUGCGCAACGGUUUCGCGUCUAUUUCUAAUCCCAAGGUCGGAUCGUCGCGAGCUCCGAUGGGAACUUUCGGUAAUGCUCAGCCGAAGAUCGUCACCGGCGAUGCUGGAUACGUGCUCGAGGAUGUUCCUCAUUUGGCCGAUUAUAUUCCUGAUCUUCCGACCUAUCACAAUCCUUUGCAAGAUAAUCCUGCAUACUCAGUUGUUAAGCAGUAUUUUGUCAAUGAUGAUGACUCUGUUGCCCAAAAGAUUGUUGUUCACAAGAGUAGUCCAAGAGGGACACAUUUUCGACGUGCUGGACCCCGUCAAAAGGUGUAUUUUGAGUCUGAUGAAGUUCAUGCAUGUAUUGUGACAUGUGGUGGUUUAUGCCCUGGCCUCAACACAGUGAUUAGGGAAAUAGUAUGUGGCUUGAACUACAUGUAUGGUGUAAACAGAGUCCUGGGGAUAUCUGGAGGAUACAGGGGUUUCUAUUCUCGAAAUACAACUUCUUUAACACCAAAGGUUGUGAAUGAUAUUCAUAAACGUGGGGGAACCAUACUUGGGACAUCACGAGGUGGCCAUGAUACCUCAAAGAUAGUUGACAGUAUUCAGGAUCGUGGAAUCAAUCAGGUUUACAUAAUUGGAGGUGAUGGAACUCAAAAAGGGGCAUCUGUGAUUUUUGAGGAAAUUCAAAGGCGUGGUCUAAAAGUUGCAGUUGCUGGAAUUCCCAAAACAAUUGAUAAUGACAUUCCGGUUAUUGACAAGUCCUUUGGCUUUGACACUGCUGUUGAGGAGGCCCAACGUGCUAUUAAUGCAGCACAUGUUGAAUCUGAAAGUAUCGAGAAUGGUAUCGGUGUUGUCAAGUUAAUGGGUCGCUACAGCGGGUUUAUUGCAAUGCAUGCUACCCUGGCCAGCCGAGAUGUGGACUGUUGCUUGAUUCCAGAAUCACCCUUUUAUCUUGAAGGGCCAGGUGGACUUUUUGAAUACAUAGAAAAGCGACUCAAAGAAAAUGGGCACAUGGUUAUUGUAAUGGCUGAAGGUGCUGGUCAGGAACUUCUUUCUGAGAGCAUGAGCUAUGCAGACAGGCAGGAUGCUUCAGGAAACAAGCUUCUCCAAGAUGUUGGGCUGUGGAUAUCGCAGAAAAUCAGGGAUCAUUUCUCAACAAGUAAAAGGAUGGGCAUAACUCUCAAAUAUAUAGAUCCUACGUAUAUGAUCCGUGCUGUUCCAAGCAAUGCAUCUGACAAUGUCUAUUGCACACUUCUUGCUCAAAGUGCUGUUCAUGGAGCAAUGGCAGGGUACACAGGGUUUACAGUUGGGCCUGUCAAUGGCAGACAUUCUUAUAUACCUUUCUAUCGAAUUAUUGAAAGACAGAACAAAGUCGUGAUAACAGAUAGAAUGUGGGCUAGGCUUCUGUCUUCUACCAAUCAGCCAAGCUUUUUGAGCCCUAAAGACAUUAUUGAAGACAAGAAAGAGGAAGCACCGCAAUCCCAGUUGUUGAAUGGGGAGAGUGGUAGAGAUGAUGAGGCAUUUGAGAAAGUGAUCAGCAAUGCAUGUUGAGAUUUGUACGGUAAUGUUCUGUAGAUUGUUACUGUUAUUGCUUAGCUUGCAGUUCCAAGAAUUUGUUAUCUACUCUGAACCUUGAUUCUAUUGUUUUGGCUUUCAUGAAGUUCAUGUACUUAGUAUAAAAACAUGAAGUUCAUGCCAAAAGUUAGUCCACUAUAUUUGGACAUCUGUAUUGCUGAGACGUAAUAUGAAAAGACAAUAUUUCCUUGAAGGCUUAAGUGCCUUUCUGGUGCCCAUGUUUGUGUAGCUAAA